CCAAGCCCCAGGGUCCCAGCCCCCGCAGAGGUUAUGCAAAUGAGGGGUGGAGAGCUAUAUGCAAAUAAGGCCCCGCCUCCUCGGCGGGAGGGAAUCCCUAGGUGUAGAUAUUCACACCUGCUGCCCCCGUCUGCUAGAGGUGGCACCCACGCACCAGUGAGACUGAGAGCCCAGGAAGAAGGCGACAGUGUAACCGGGAAAACCGAGGACCGAGGACUGGAAUAGAGGCAAAAACCACCAGAGAAACAAAGAUUCCAAGAGAAGAGUCUGAACUGCCGAGGCGAGACCAAAGUUUGGGACCUGACUUUCCCAGCCAAGCUCUUCUUGGGCGGGUGCUCACUGAGGGAGGUGCAAGCUGUCAGCUCACCUCAUCCCCGGCCCUGCGGGAGUCGCUGUCCCUCACCACUCACCCGCUGGCUGCGGGUUCGACAUGCUCCGUGCAAGACCAGAGGCACUGGUGCUCCUGGGGGCGCUGCUCACUGGACCCCUGGACCCAGCAGGUGGCCAGGAGGCGCUCUCGCUGCCCUGGGAAGUGCAGCGCUACGACGGCUGGUUCAACAAUCUUAGGCAUCACGAGCGCGGCGCUGCGGGCUCGCGGCUGCAGCGCCUCGUGCCAGCCAGCUAUGCGGACGGCGUGUACCAGGCGAUGGAGGAGCCGCUGCUGCCCAACCCGCGCCGGCUCAGCGACGCCGCCACGCAGGGCCCGGCAGGGCUGUCCUCGCUCCGCAACCGCACAGUGCUAGGUGUCUUCUUCGGCUACCACGUGCUCUCGGAUGUGGUGAGCGUCGACACCCCCGGCUGCCCCGCCGAGUUCCUAAACAUCCGCAUCCCACCUGGAGACCCCGUGUUCGACCCCGACGGGCAUGGCGACGUCGUGCUGCCCUUCCAGAGGAGCCGCUGGGACCCCGAGACCGGACAGAGCCCCAGCAACCCCCGGGACCUGACCAACCAGGUGACCGGCUGGCUGGACGGCAGCGCCAUCUACGGGUCCGCGCACUCACGGAGCGACGCGCUGCGCAGCUUCUCCGGGGGGCGCCUGGCGUCGGGGCGCGACCCCGCCUUUCCGCGCGGCUCGCAAGACGCCCAGUUCGUGUGGACGGCGCCGGACCCCGCCACGGGCCAGGGCGGGCCCCGGGGGCUGUACGCCUUCGGGGCCGAGCGCGGCAACCGCGACCCCUUGGUGCAGGCGCUGGGGCUGCUGUGGUUCCGCUUCCACAACUGGUGGGCAGACAGGCUGGCCCGGGAGCACCCGCGCUGGGGCGACGAGGAGCUGUUCCAGCACGCGCGCAAGAGGGUCGUGGCCACCUACCAGAGCAUCGCUAUGUACGAGUGGCUGCCCAGCUUCCUGGGGAAGACACCCCCAGAGUAUGAAGGGUACCGCCCGUUUCUGGAUCCCAGUGUCUCCCCAGAGUUCGUGGUGGCCUCAGAGCAGUUCUUCUCCACCAUGGUGCCCCCUGGAGUGUACAUGAGAAACGCCAGUUGUCAAUUCCGGAAGGUCCUGAGCACAAAUUUCAGCAGCUCUCCAGCGCUCAGGCUCUGCAACAGCUACUGGAGCCGGGAGAACCCCAAUCUGAACAGUGCCCAGGAGGUGGAUGAACUGCUGCUGGGCAUGGCCUCCCAGAUUUCGGAGAGGGAAGACAGAAUAGUGGUCGAAGACCUGAGGGAUUACUGGCCUGGCCCUGGCAAGUACUCCCGCACGGACUACGUGGCCAGCAGCAUCCAGCGCGGCCGAGAUAUGGGCUUGCCCAGCUACAGCCAGGCCCUGCAAGCCCUCGGACAGGAGCCUCCGAAGAACUGGAGUGACCUCGGCCCCCACGUGGACCCCCAGGUGUUGGAGGCCACCGCCGCCCUGUAUAACCAGGACCUGUCGCGUCUGGAGCUUCUCCUAGGUGGGCUCCUGGAGAGCCAUGGGGACCCUGGACCCCUGUUCAGCGCCAUUGUCCUCGACCAGUUUGUGCGGCUUCGGGAUGGUGACCGAUACUGGUUUGAGAACACCAGGAACAGGCUGUUCUCCGAGGAGGAGAUUUCGGAAAUCAGAAACACCACCCUGCGGGACGUGUUGGUCACUGUCACCGGGGUGAAUGACGGGACCCUGCAGCCCAACGUCUUUGUCUGGAAUGAAGGGGGCCCCUGCCCACAGCCCCGGCAACUCACCACGAAUGGCCUGCCCCCCUGUGUGUCCCUCACUGUGAUUGACUACUUCGAGGGCAGCGGCGCGGGCUACGGCCUGAUCAUCGUGACCCUCUGCUGCUUCCCGCUAGUGAGCCUGGUUGGCGCUGGAGUGAUUGCCCAUUUCCGGAAUCGAGAGCGCAAGAGGCUGCAAAGAAGCGGCAAAGAGAGUAUAAAAAAGGAAGUGGCCAAGGACGGGGUGAUGGCGAUGGAGUGGCCAGGCCCCAACGAGAGGAGCUAUGCUGUCACCGUCCAGCUGCUCCCAGACAGGAGCUUGCAGGUCCUGGACAGCCAUCUGUCCGUGCUCCGCACCGUGCAGCUGCGGCCCCCACAGCAGGUCCACCUCAUCCUGUCCAGCAACCGAGGCUGCCGCACCCUGCUGCUCAAAGUCCCCAAGGAGUAUGACCUGGUGCUGCAGUUUAACUCAGAAGGGGAGCGUGGCGCCUUCGUGCAGCUGCUGCGGGACCUGUGCGAGUGCUGGGCUCUGGGCCUUCGUGUGGCUGAGAUGGGCGAGACCCAGCUGCUCAGGGAGGCAGUGACCAAGCAGCAGCGGGGCCGCAUCCUGGAGGUCUUCUUCAGACACCUUUUUGCUCAGGUGCUGGACAUCAACCAGGCGGAUGCGGGGACCCUGCCCCUGGACUCGUCCAGGAAGGUGCAUGAGGCCCUAACGUGUGAGCUGAGCAGGGCCGAGUUUGCAGAGUCCCUGGGCUUGAAGCCGCAGGACAUGUUUGUGGAGUCCAUGUUCUCACUGGCUGACAAGGACGGCAAUGGCUACCUGUCCUUCCGGGAGUUCCUGGACAUCCUGGUGGUCUUCAUGAAAGGCUCCGCGGAGGACAAGUCGCGCCUGAUGUUCACCAUGUAUGACCUGGAUGGGAACGGCUUCCUUUCCAAGGACGAGUUCUUCACCAUGUUGCGGUCCUUCAUCGAGAUCUCCAACAACUGCCUGUCCAAGGCCCAGCUGGCUGAGGUGGUGGAGUCCAUGUUCCGAGAGGCGGGCUUCCAGGACAAGGAGGAGCUGACCUGGGAGGACUUCCACUUCCUGCUGCGGGACCACAACAGCGAGCUACGCUUCACGCAGCUCUGCAUCAAGGGCAAAGGCAGAGGAAAAGGUUUUAGAGACGUCUCCAAGCAAAACAGCAACUUUCGGGUCUCUUUCAUCACUCGGACCCCAGGAGAGUGCUCCGGAACCCUGGACCUGGCCCUCCCUGCCUCAGAGACCCCUGAGCUGGGCAGUCCUGAGCUGAAGAAGAGGUUUGGCAAAAAGGCCCUGGGGUCGGGCCCCCGGCCGUACACGGAGGCCCUGCAGGAGAAGAUGCCGAGGGGCUUCGUGGCCCAGAAGCUGCAGCACUUCAAGCGCUUCGUGGAGAACUACCGGCGCCACAUUGUGUGCACUGUCAUCUUCUCGGCCAUCUGCGUGGGCCUCUUUGCGGACCGAGCCUACUACUACGCCUUCGCCUCGCCACCCACGGACAUUGAAGAGACCACGUACGUGGGCAUCAUCCUGUCGCGGGGCACGGCGGCCAGCGUCUCCUUUAUGUUCUCCUACAUCCUGCUCACCAUGUGCCGCAACCUCAUCACCUUCUUGCGGGAGACCUUCCUCAACCGCUACAUCCCCUUUGAUGCCGCCGUGGACUUCCACCGCUGGAUCGCCAUGGGCGCGGUGCUCUUAGCCAUCUUGCACAGUGUUGGCCAUGUGCUCAACGUCUACAUCUUCUCAGUCAGCCCCCCCAGCCUGCUAGCCUGCGUGUUCCCCAAAGUCUUUGUGAUUGACGGGUCUAAGAUUCCCCCGAAGUACUACUGGUGGUUCUUCGAGACCGUUCCAGGUACAUCAGGGGUGCUCCUGCUCCUGGUCCUGGCCAUCAUGUAUGUCUUCGCCUCCCACCACUUCCGCCGCCGCAGCUUCCAGGCCUUCUGGCUGACACACCACCUCUACGUCCUGCUUUAUGCCCUGCUCAUUAUCCACGGCAGCUAUGCCCUGAUUCAGCUGCCCAGUUUCCACAUCUAUUUCCUGGUCCCGGCCAUCAUCUACGGUGGGGACAAGCUGGUGAGCCUGAGCCGGAAGAAGGUGGAGAUCGGCGUGGUGAAGGCCGAGCUGCUGCCCUCAGGAGUGACCCACCUGCGCUUCCAGCGGCCCCAGGGCUUCGAGUACAAGUCAGGGCAGUGGGUGCGGAUCGCCUGCCUGGCUCUGGGAACUAAUGAGUACCACCCCUUCACGCUGACCUCUGCACCCCACGAGGACACACUCAGCCUGCACAUCCGGGCAGUGGGGCCCUGGACUACCCGCCUCCGGGAGCUCUACACGCCCCUGACAGGCAAUGGAGGUGCCACCUACCCAAAGCUGUACCUCGAUGGACCGUUUGGAGAGGGGCACCAGGAAUGGCACAAGUUCGAGGUGUCGGUGCUGGUAGGAGGGGGCAUCGGGGUCACCCCUUUUGCCUCCAUCCUCAAAGACCUGGUCUUCAAAUCAUCCUUGGGCAGCCAGAUGCUCUGUAAAAAGAUCUAUUUCAUCUGGGUGACGCGAACCCAGCGGCAGUUCGAGUGGCUGGCUGACAUCAUCCGGGAGGUGGAGGAGAACGACCUCCAGGACCUGGUCUCCGUGCACAUCUACAUCACCCAGCUGGCCGAGAAGUUCGACCUAAGGACCACCAUGCUGUACAUCUGUGAGCGGCACUUCCAGAAGGUGCUGAACCGGAGUCUGUUCACGGGCCUGCGCUCUGUCACCCACUUUGGCCGGCCGCCAUUCGAGGCCUUCUUCAACUCCCUGCAGGAGGUGCACCCCCAGGUGUACAAGAUCGGGGUGUUCAGCUGCGGGCCCCCAGGCAUGACCAAGAACGUGGAGAAGGCCUGUCAGCUCAUCAACCGGCAGGACCGCGCACGCUUCCUGCACCACUAUGAGAACUUCUAGGCCUGCCCUCCCUGUCCCAGGCCGGUGGUCCUGCCCUGGCUCUGCCGCCCACAUUGCUGUCAGUGCCUGCUGUCAGUGUCUGCCCCCAUGGCCUGUCUGUCCCACGCUGGAGGAGAGGGAAGAGGCUGCCUCAGCCCCAGCCCCAGCCCCAGCCAGGGAGGUUUGUGGGUCGCCAGUCUGCUUGUGCCAUCUGUAGAAGUGCAAGUAUGCAAACAUUGGUUCUUUCCCAUCAGCCCUGUUUCUCUUUUUUGCUGUGGUGUUUUCUUGAAGGAGGAGGGAGUCGGGUAUCUGAGCUGGAAUCCUCCCAGAGCCUAGCUGAAACCCGACGGCCUCCCCUCAGACCCCUGGGCCUCUUCCCUCAGCUCCAGCAAGGAGCAGCCCCACCCCCAGCCUGCUUGGUCCCAGAGGGCCAGGAGCCUGAGGAGGACACCAAGGGACAGAGGUGCCUCCAGUUCUGAUGUCCCAGUGUCUGCCCCACUGCCCGCCGCCCUGAGGCCCUGGUAGGCCCUGUUGGAGUUCACUGGGGCGGUUCCUGGGUCAUUACAAAUAAAGCUGCUGUGAACACUC